CGCCGCCGCAGCAGCCCCAGCCCCAGCAGCAGCAGCAGCCGCCGCCGCCGCCGCCGCCUCCGCCGCCGCCUCAGGAGAGGAACAACGCCGGGGAGCGGGAUGAUGAUGUACCGGCAGAUAUGGUUGCAGAAGAAUCAGGUCCUGGUGCACAAAAUAGUCCAUACCAACUUCGUAGAAAAACUCUUCUACCUAAAAGAACAGCUUGUCCUACAAAGAGCAAUAUGGAGGGUGCUUCUACUUCCACCACCGAAAAUUUUGGUCAUAGAGCAAAACGUGCAAGAGUCUCUGGAAAAUCACAAGACUUAUCAGCAGCACCUGCCGAACAAUAUCUUCAGGAGAAAUUGCCAGAUGAAGUAGUUCUAAAGAUUUUUUCAUACUUAUUGGAACAAGAUCUCUGUAGAGCAGCUUGUGUGUGCAAACGCUUCAGUGAGCUUGCAAAUGAUCCAAUUUUGUGGAAACGAUUGUACAUGGAGGUAUUUGAGUAUACACGUCCUAUGAUGCAUCCUGAACCUGGGAAAUUUUACCAGAUUAAUCCAGAAGAAUAUGAACAUCCAAAUCCUUGGAAAGAAAGCUUUCAGCAGUUGUAUAAAGGAGCACAUGUAAAGCCAGGAUUUGCUGAACAUUUCUACAGUAACCCUGCAAGAUACAAAGGGAGAGAAAAUAUGCUAUAUUAUGACACCAUUGAAGAUGCAUUAGGUGGAGUACAGGAAGCUCAUUUUGAUGGACUUAUCUUUGUUCAUUCUGGUAUAUAUACUGAUGAAUGGAUAUACAUUGAAUCUCCAAUUACCAUGAUUGGUGCAGCACCUGGAAAAGUGGCAGACAAAGUCAUAAUCGAAAAUACUAGAGAUUCAACUUUUGUUUUUAUGGAAGGUUCUGAAGAUGCUUAUGUUGGAUAUAUGACCAUCAGGUUCAACCCUGAUGAUAAAUCUGCUCAGCACCACAAUGCCCAUCACUGCUUAGAAAUUACAGUGAAUUGUAGCCCAAUAAUAGAUCACUGUAUUAUUCGAAGUACCUGUACAGUUGGCUCUGCAGUAUGUGUUAGUGGACAGGGAGCGUGUCCCACUAUCAAGCACUGCAACAUCAGUGAUUGUGAGAAUGUUGGACUUUAUAUAACAGAUCAUGCACAGGGGAUAUAUGAAGAUAAUGAGAUUUCCAAUAAUGCUUUAGCUGGGAUUUGGGUUAAAAAUCAUGGAAACCCCAUUAUUAGACGGAAUCACAUUCAUCAUGGACGUGAUGUUGGUGUGUUCACGUUUGACCAUGGCAUGGGUUACUUUGAAAGCUGUAACAUACACAGGAACAGGAUAGCAGGCUUUGAGGUGAAAGCCUAUGCUAACCCUACAGUAGUUAGAUGUGAAAUCCACCAUGGUCAAACUGGAGGCAUUUAUGUCCAUGAAAAAGGAAGAGGACAAUUCAUAGAGAAUAAAAUCUAUGCAAAUAAUUUUGCAGGUGUAUGGAUUACCUCAAAUAGUGAUCCAACAAUAAGGGGGAAUUCAAUAUUUAAUGGAAAUCAAGGAGGAGUUUACAUCUUUGGUGAUGGAAGAGGCCUUAUCGAAGGAAAUGACAUAUAUGGUAAUGCAUUAGCAGGAAUUCAGAUCAGAACAAAUAGUUGUCCCAUUGUUCGACAUAACAAAAUCCACGAUGGUCAACAUGGUGGAAUUUAUGUGCACGAAAAGGGACAAGGUGUAAUAGAAGAAAAUGAAGUUUACAGUAAUACUCUGGCUGGAGUUUGGGUGACAACAGGAAGUACUCCAGUGUUGAGGAGAAAUAGAAUACACAGUGGCAAGCAGGUUGGUGUUUACUUUUAUGACAAUGGACAUGGAGUGCUAGAGGACAAUGACAUCUACAAUCAUAUGUACUCAGGAGUUCAAAUAAGAACUGGAAGCAACCCUAAAAUUAGGCGCAAUAAGAUCUGGGGAGGCCAGAAUGGUGGAAUUCUAGUUUAUAAUUCUGGUCUAGGCUGUAUAGAAGAUAAUGAAAUUUUUGAUAAUGCAAUGGCUGGGGUCUGGAUUAAGACAGAUAGUAAUCCUACACUAAGAAGAAAUAAAAUACAUGAUGGAAGAGAUGGAGGCAUCUGUAUAUUUAAUGGAGGCCGAGGUCUCCUUGAAGAGAAUGAUAUUUUCAGAAAUGCUCAAGCUGGUGUACUCAUCAGCACCAAUAGUCAUCCAGUCUUAAGGAAAAACAGAAUAUUUGAUGGAUUUGCUGCAGGUAUUGAAAUUACAAAUCAUGCAACUGCAACACUAGAAGGCAAUCAAAUUUUUAACAACCGGUUUGGAGGCUUAUUUCUAGCAUCUGGCGUUAAUGUAACGAUGAAAGAUAAUAAAAUAAUGAACAACCAAGAUGCCAUAGAAAAGGCUGUUAGUAGAGGCCAAUGCUUAUAUAAAAUAUCAAGCUAUACCAGCUAUCCCAUGCAUGACUUCUACAGAUGCCAUACUUGUAACACCACAGAUCGUAAUGCCAUAUGUGUGAACUGCAUUAAGAAGUGCCAUCAAGGACACGAUGUAGAAUUUAUUAGACAUGAUAGGUUUUUCUGUGACUGUGGUGCUGGAACACUGUCUAACCCCUGUACUUUAGCUGGCGAGCCUACACAUGAUACAGAUACACUAUAUGACUCUGCUCCACCUAUAGAAUCUAAUACAUUGCAGCACAAUUGAAUUCCUUCUCCAAGGAGAGUUCUGCCAUUCUGACUUAAAACUAUUAAAAACUUUUGGAGGAAGAUACUUGCCCAUUUCUACAGGAAGAGACUGUAAAAUGGAUGUAUAUGGUGUUGACACUAUGAAGCUCAACCUACCAAAAAGAAAGUGGCAAUAUAUUGACUCAGGAUCACAGAACUGGGUGUUUUAGCAUUACUGUGUAAAGACUUUUUGAAGGGACAGAAGUGAAGAAAAUAAGCUGCAAUUUUGUACAGAUAACAACUUCUGUAAAGCUGGUGUUUUUACAACUAGCAUUGAAAGCAGUCCACUUUGCAGUAGUACUAUUAAGUAGACAGGCAGCAUUGUUGCUGCUUUUAUGGACAUGGGUACCAAUUGCUUUUGUAAUAUGGUAAAAAAAAAAAAAAAAUGUGAGCUAGCACUUCUGCAUUUUUGAUUUUUUUUAACAUGUAUUCAGAUUGAGAUAUGAUUUUAAUGCUUUAAUCUCAUGUAGUUUGUUUUUAAUUUCAAGCAAAAUUGUACUUGAAUGUGUCCCAUUUUGUUAGCACACCUAGACUUGCUGUAACUGUACUCAUGUCCCAGUAUGUACGUUCUUUCUAUGAAAGAGAAAACACUAAUCUUAAAUUAUAUCCAGCAAUGUUUCUGGUAUCCUUUAAGAAAGUUAGACUAUUAUUUCCUUCCCUUCCCUGUCCCAGCAGGAAUCAAAUCACCCCUAGAAAAAGUGAGUGUUUUAAUGAGACUUCCUAGGAAGGGAUGCACUGUAAAACAAAGUAUUCUUGUAACUAAUUUUGUGAAAGGUAAAGCCUACUAUGUUUUAAAGUACACUUUAGAAAGUCUCCUCAAAACAGUCCUGUAUUUUAAUCUGUUCAUAGUUUUUUUUUGAACAGUCUAGAUAUAACUGCUGGAAAUUAAAACAAUUUCCUGCUCUAAUGAAGCUGAGACAAGUAUAUUAUACAGCCCUAUACAGUUUCAUAGCUUCCCCUUCCCCCAUUUAUGUGUAUUGGUGACAGUGGGUAAUCAAACAGCCUGAAAGUAUAUGCAUGUACCAUAACAUCUAGACUUAAUAUAUUGUGAAGUAUUCAA